AUGAUUGGUUUUCAUGGGUAUUACAACUGCAGGCAGCUCGACAGGGUCAAGUACAAGUGCCCGGAUGGCACUCCUUGGGAGCCAAGCCAGACGACUGUCAUCUGCAGUGGCCACUUCGUCGGCAACGAAAAAAGCGCUGACCAGACGUAUCCUUCCUACGUCCCCUCAGUAUUUCCAGCGAUGUACAAAGCCAAAUCCGUCGUGGGAUUGGCGCCUGUUGAGCGUUAUGAAAGACUCAAGCGGCGAGCUCAACGUAAUGACAACACCACGGCUUCAGUGACACUUUGUGCUAGAAAAGAAGAUGGUGUGCCUGGACUGUAUGGAGAUUUCCAAGAUCAGGAAUUUCAGGAUGAAACAUACAAUGAGCCUCCUUCCUCAGAUUCUAGUGGAGCGUUGGAACCAGCUUCAUCAUCAUCUGUGGGCACACAGACAGAUGCAGCCAAUGAAGGUAGUGGCAGACCAUUCUCCGUCUUCAUGUGCACCAUUCUGGAAACGACCGGCAGCACCCAGAUUACGCACACACCUUGUGUUGAAAGUGAAGUGCAGGCUGUGCGCGAGACACAAUCACGCUACUCUGGACAUUCUUCGCGUACGUGCAUAUUUCAGGGUUACGAGACUCUUCGUGAUCAGAUUGCUACCCUGCAUGAUUUAUGUGGCACCACGCCAGAAGUGUUUGCACUUCUACUCAGCCUCCUUACCAACUUCCGCGUAAGAGAGGUCGACGUCACUAUCCCUAACAAGCUCUUGAUAUUUCUGAUGAAGUUGAAGCUGGGAAUUACCUUCACCGGCCUUGGCGCUCUGUUUGGAAUUCAUCGUUCCACUGCUAGCAGAAUAUUUUUCUCUAUGUUGACAAACUUGGUUCAGGUCACAAGCAAGUGGUUGUUCACACCAUCAAGAGAAACAAUCCGAGCGACUCUUCCAGAAUGCUUCAGAGAGCACUAUCAUUCAUGCAGAUACAUAAUCGACUGCACUGAAGUGAGGACGGAAACUCCAGCUCCUGUUGAAAGGCAACGAAAUCUGUACGCAAACUAUAAAGGCGGUAUGACUGUGAAGUUCCUGGUUGCAAUUGUCCCCAAUGGACAGAUUGCUUUUGUGUCAAAAGCGUACGGGGGAAGAGAAAGCGACACAGCAAUAACAACGGAUUCUGGAUUCCUAGACCUUGUCGAGGCAGGUGAUCUAAUUCUGGCUGACGAGGGGUUCCCUGGCAUCAGCUCCCACCUCGGACAGAAAGGUGCACUACUAGUGAUGCCCCCAUUCUCAUCAGGAAAUGCACAGUUCACCAGCAGAGAAAUGGACACAACAUAUUACAUCGCACAAGUUAGGGUGCAUGUAGAGAGAGUGAUUCAGCGGAUCAAGACCUUCGACAUCCUGAACUCCACCGUACCAGCUGAGCUUGUGCCAUACAUGACUGACAUUUUUCGUAUGUGCGCAGUACUUGCAAAUCUUCAGCCACCCAUUUUCCGGACACAGCAAUGA